GUGAGCCAGGCGAAGCUAAUGCCGAUGGCCAAAAUUCGAAGCCACUCCACGAUAUUCCGGCAGUCCUCAUUUGGCAUUUCGUCGAGCGACCCAAGCUUCUUGAUCACCUCGAGGAGAGUAUCGCGAUUGAACGUCAAGAUCUGACCAGACCCACCGUACUAGUCCUCUGGGCCAUUGGCGGCCAAGGUAAAAGCCAACUAGUUUUGCGGUUUUGCCGAUUAAACAGCACGACGACACAAUACCGGGGCAUUUUCUGGAUAGAUGCCUCUUCUCGAGACACUACAAUACAAGCUUUCAAGAAAAUAGGAAUCAUGCUGUCUGGUAAGACCUUCGGGGGGAACUUGCACUCCAAGCGAGCAAAAAGGUUCUUGACACAUGAUAUGAUUGUUGAAGAGCUCGAAGGGUGGGAUGAAGAGUGGCUCCUAGUGUUUGAUAAUUACGACGACACCUCGUCAUUCGAUCUCAAUGAGUAUAUCCCGAAGCUUGGAAAGGGCACCGUCCUGAUCACAACCCGAGAUGCGCGCCUUGGCCAAGAUGGCUGGAAAAGAAUCCCCAUCCCCGAGAUGAGAGAAGAAGAGGCACUCAGGCUUCUCCUUCCCGAUACCGAUUACAAUACACUACCGGAAGAGGAUGCACGUGCGUGUAAGGAGAUUGUCAGUAUGUUAGGGUAUCUUCCCCUAGCUAUCGAUCAAACACGAUGGUUCUUUUCUCAAUUCAACUUCACCUCUCAGAUGCGCGAAUACGUCGAGGUUUUCAACAACUAUAAGAACAAUCUAAUCGAUGCUGAAUGGGGCUACAAACGUGGCGAAGAAUCCCGCAACUGGUAUACGACAUUUGAGCAAUCUUUCGAAGCUAUUGCAUCCACCAAAUACGGGAAAUUAGCGACUCACAUUCUGACGAUCUCCGCAUUCUUUGGUGGCGCGAGUCUCCGCGAGGACUUCUUCUCAGCAUAUUUCGAGGCCGACUCGCGUUGGAUCCAAUCACUUGGUCUGCGCGACAAGUGGGAUACUCUUUAUUUCCGAGGCAUUCUCGCCGAACUGGUUCAGCGUAGCCUCAUACGCCUUGAGAACAAUGGACGAAACUGCUUUUCGUUGCAUCCAAUAAUCCGCGAAUGGCUACGCGUUAGACCUGAGUCGAGGCGGUACGACUACCUGUCCGAGGCAGUCUUGAUCCUUGUGGCAUAUACCAAAAGUACAGCAGACAGCUCUCUUCCUUUUAGAGUACAACAAGACCUUCUUGUCCACCUGGAAAGCUUCCUUGGGGACCCAGUCGUACAGAAGAAGCUCUCCUUCCGGCCCGAUAACGAGUCUGAGCAGGCAUCCCUCGUCAUGACCUUUGCGUCGGUUUACAGAACCAGUAGCCAUCUUAGAGAAGCCAAGAAACUACUCCAGGGUUUGAUAGAAGCGCGUCGAGAGUCUGGUGUCGCAGAUAGCAACCCAGUGAGCAUAGAGCUUCAAAUCGAGCUUGGGGAGACAUUCAUAGAUGACGGCGAGUACACGGAGGCACGCGAGCACUUUUCCUCUGUGCUCAAGUACGCCGACAAGUUGAACCGAACGUCGCAUUGCCGGACACUCCUCGGAUUUGCAGACACCCUGGGGGCUCGAGGCGACUUCCGAGCAGCGUAUCCCAUGGCGAGACAGGCGCAAGAUCUGGCCGCCACUUGGGCGGGCGUGAACUCUCGUUUAAACUUCAGGGCAAUUUUCGUCCUUGCCAGAAUUCAGGCCGGUUUGGGCCGUUUGAUUGAGGUCGGCAAUCUCGUUAACGGAGCCUACGAUAGAGCCUACGUUGCUUUUGGCUCCUGUGACAGGACCACUCUGGAAGCAUCGUACAUGCGGGCAGGGGACAUGAUGGCGAGGUUGGAUUUCGACACUGCCAAGUCAUUCGCUGAGCAGACUUUAGUAACAAGUGAAAAUCUGAACGGACCUGACCACCGUCUUACCCUCAAUGGCUACAUCUCAUUAGGCUAUAUUUAUGGCCGUCAGGGACUACACAGCAAAGCUCGAAAUUGCUUCGAGGUAGCCAAAUCGCGAGCGGGCUCGCUGUUUGGAGGUACUCAUGCUGACGUAAUGGUUGAGCUUACUAUAGGGGAAACAUACUUUGCAGAACACAAUUAUGAAGAAGCCGAGAAACAGUUCCAAAGUGGCAAAAACAUGAGCGAAAAGAUACACGAUACUACAAUGGAGGUUGCAUGCACAGUAUCCCUUUUCAGGCUUUACUUUGCUCAGAAGAAAUUUCGGAAAGCUAUCCCGAUGGCGUGGGUCUUCGUACAGAAUUUUCCGUUCCGCUUCUUUUUCAGAACCAACAAGACGAUGGUCAUCUCGGCGGCAGUAUUUGGGCUUUUACUAGUUAUAUCUGGCUUGAAGGGCUAUUUCAUGACAGUGGUGGCUCUUGUUUCAUUAUUACUAGUUGCCGUAUGGUUUUUAUUCUUCUGACCAGGCCGGUCAAUCGAUUCCUUUCUCAACCUUCUCUGAUCAGACGAGUGACAAAAUUACCGCAGACAACGAACCUGGUUAGAUUUUGGCUUACUUCGCGUGCUCCACUAGCCAGUUGUCUCAUUUCCUACACCUUUACUUUCAUCUUUCAUCUAACACCCCCUGAGACCGAGACCGCGCCUGACCCCGUCAGCAAGCCUAGCGUAAUAUCAUUAACGGAGC